AUACAGAAACGAGCAUAAAAAUCAAAACAUCUACAAUAGCGAUAGUAAUAUUAAUAAUAAAAUAAUGGUCAGUGCAAAUUAGCCUGCAAAUUUUUUAUCGGGGGGCGGUGAGGGACCUGGAUAAAGGCUAGGGGGGCGCUGGUCCAAAAAAUGGUUGAGAGACACUGUUCUAAAGUAAAACAUUUAUAUAGAUUUAGGCAUGAAUACAUGUAACCAAGAUUCUCGAUCCUGAAGGUGGAUGAUUGCACAUAUUUUUCCAGUAAAAAAAACGGCAACCACUAAAUAACUACAUUCUCUGAGGUCUCUAGGUGGGGUCCCCUGCAUAUCACUUCCCUUUUAUUCAUAUCUUUUGCCAUGCACUGUGCCAAUGACGGCACAUUGCACAUUUUUAUAUAAAAAAAAAACACCCCUUGUAGAUUUUUAAUUUUUUUUUUGUUUUAACCAUUUGUUUAUUUUUUCCUUUUCUCCUGUUUUUAACAGUCAGUUGGUGGAUUUAUUGAAAUGUCUGCCUUUUCUGUUUGUAUACAGUAUAAUGUUUGUUUCAAGGCAGAGAGAGAUUUGUAUUUUUAAGACCUAGAGAAGCUAGCAGAAUUGCAGUUGAAAGCGUUUGGUCGGUUUCUUACGUUGUGUCACGUGUGACUGUUUUUUUGACAGCCCAGUAUUUUAAAGCCAGGUUCGUAUGGAAAUGCCUUCACUCCACUUGCACUGCUGUUGGACUCGCCGUCGUUGCUUUCAUCCGUCUGUCUAUUCUUUUGGUGCACUCAUCUGCUGUCCCAACACCCAGCGUACACGUCAUCUCUGGCCACCAACCUCCACAGAAUUCAUUUUGACCUAAGCUGUUUACAGUCAAUAGGUGCACACUGUUGCUGCCUCCAGCCUGCUCUACCUGAUUUGUUUCUAAAUUCUCCAAAAAUGAUUUGAAAUGAGGCUUAAGAUUUGAUAUUCACAAGAUUUCAGAUUAUUUAACUGGACUGUUAUUUGUCUGACAUUUCCCAGUUCAUAGUUCUGAGUGGAUUUUAAUUUUCUUUUCCUUUCAAGCAGCAUAUGCAACUCUGCAAACGAUUAAAUAUUGGCAUCCGUAAUGUUGCUGCAUGUCGACGCUGUAGCAAAUMAUUAAGAGACACGGAACAAAUGACGGGAAUAAUAUUUCCCAGAAACUUCACUURGCUUUUCAGAACCGGGAAAGAAUAGAAAACUGCCAAACUUUAACAAGUUGUGCCAAGUUAGAUGUGUUGUUUCCUCUCUGCCAUGUGGUGUCCAGCACUAAUUUUUUUUCUUAUCUCUUCCUGUGGAGGAAAAGAUCUAAGUCAGAGUACACAGGGUUUGGAAAAGCAUGAAUUGGAGGACAAAAUAACAGGACAACAGGAAGUGACACCCUCAUUUCUAGAUGGCAGAAGGCACAAAUCAGUCACAUGGAUUUUAUUCUAGUCAUCAUGAUAUGGCAUUUUAUAAUCUAAUAAUACAGCUAACCUUAGCUUUCUCCUUGAAAUACAUUAAGGAGAGCAAACGCUGGUGACGAUAUGUGAUUUAAAACGAAGGAUUAAGUCGAAUUUCCUCCACUUGCACCACUGUGGACAGAGAUGCGAUGUGUGCCGUGUGUUUGAGGCCGCCACUCCCUUCACAUGCUCUAACCUCUUACAAACCCAGCUCACUUCCAUCACCCGAAAACCCACCUUCUUCAUCUUGGCUCAGCCUGCUCUGUUCUGCCAAUUUUCCUGACCUCUUGUCAAAGAGACCUAAUCAAGCAUUGUUGAGCCAUCCUUCCUCACUGUGCCUGAUCCAUCCGAUACUAACUCAGCUGGAGUUUUGUUCACCUGUCCUCUACUCCCCCUCCUCAACCGCCCCACUGUAUGUGUACCACUCACAGUGCGCUUACUAACACCGACGACCCUUUUUGUUAAAAACAAUUUAACAAAAAGCUGCAUGCUUUUUUUUUUAUUUAUUUUUUUUUAGUUUUAUUCCUUCCCCUCACUUUCUGUUUGUGAAAGUCGACGUCAGUCUCUUUGUGAUUAUAAAUAUCCUUUCUGUUUGGUUUGUAUGUUUUUUAUUUAUUUUUUAUUUUUUGGAUAGAAUGCAGCACUCUGGUGAAUGUUAGACAAGCUUGGAAUAGUUAUAAUCGCAACAGAAAACACUGCUUAUAAAGAAAUGUCAUUGUUUCUUGUUUAUAUGUGCUUGAGGAUGUACUGUAGUGUGUAGUGGUGGGAUGGUCUUGCAUUUCACUUUUAUGUUUUGUUACCUCGCUGACCAAUACUAGUGAAAUAACGUGACUUGCUCAAUGGCCCCAUAGUCUACUAGAAAAUGCUCUUGUGCAUGUUUUUGAAUGCCUCUCAAUCUCUUUUUGCUCAUUAUCAGUUGUCUGAUCCAACCAAGAUUGCUGAUGCAUAUUAUAGGAAUCUUGAGCAGAAAUGUGAAACUGUGUAAAGGUUACAGCAGAUCUCCAAAUUGUUGCUCAUUGUUUGUGUGAAAAUGGUUGGAAUCUGACAAUUCAUGAUCUAAAUGCAGGAGGCGUCCAAAAACGUGCUCAACAGUCAUUUUGGUAUAUCUAACGGGGUUCGAAGUACACUGUCGUCCUUUUCAUCUGCACACCCACAGAGCCCUUCACACAUGCAUAAUCAGUCCACUCUGGGCCUUGUAAUGGUAAUCCAAGGCCCAAAAGCUCCACUUCUGUCUGUUUCUUUUGCUCUAUUUUUGUGACAGCUGAAUGUCUCAUGGUGCUCCCCUUGUCAUGGUUACGGAAUCACAGCAAGCUUGGAGUUUCUGGUCUUCAUUUUGUUAUUGCUAGAUUUCCAUACCUGUUCCGUGUUGCUUUUCUUUGUGUACGAAGAUCCUGCGCUGUAGUGUGUCAUAUAUGUAUGCGUGCGAUACAUAUAUUGCCCUCUCCUUCCUCCUCCUCCUUCUAACUUCUUACAUAGUGGAUGUUAUUUGAUGUGUUUAUCUUGAUAAUAAAUGAUAGUUGUUUUUCUUUUUGCCUGAAAAACGCCUUUUUUUUUUUUUUAAAGUACACUCAUGAUGUAGGAUUAAACCCUGUAGGUUGCAGACCACACAGAGACUCAUGCAUUUACUUAACAUAGAGGCAAUCUUGCCUUUCAACUCAAGUCUCCCAGCCUUUUUAUCCCUCUCCCCAACUGCCCUAACACUCCUCGUGCUGGAGGACACUGAUUGUUACACGCUGUAGGUGAUGACAAUAAUGAUAAUGGUGAUGGUGGUGGUUGUGCUUAUGAUGAUAGUGUGAUUUGAGUGUUUUGUUUGUCUUGAUGUUUUCAUCCAUGCCCACAGGGUAUAGCUCCUCUUAUUAUUGGAAUAUUUUUGGUUUUUUUCUCCUCUCUUCUCUCUGCCAGGAUAACAUCGGGCACCGGCUGCUUCAGAAACAUGGAUGGAAGUUGGGGCAAGGACUUGGCAAGGCCAUGCAGGCGAUUUGAUCCUGCCCAUGUUGUGCUGAUGGUAAACUUAGUGGACGCACCGACCCUGUGCCCAUUGUACUUAAAUAUGAUGUCAUGGGGAUGGGCCGAAUGGAGAUGGAGCUGGACUAUGCAGAGGAUGCCACAGAGAAGCGGAGAGUGCUUGAAGUGGAAAAAGAGGAUACAGAAGAGCUGCGGCAAAAAUACAAGGACCAGGUGGAAAAAGAGAAAGCUAUCGCAAAAGCUCUGGAAGACCUGAGGGCAAAUUUCUACUGCGAGCUUUGUGACAAGCAGUACACUAAACACCAGGAGUUUGACAACCACAUUAACUCGUACGACCAUGCCCACAAACAGAGGUUAAAAGAGCUGAAGCAGAGAGAGUUCGCUCGCAACGUGUCCUCUCGUUCUCGGAAAGAUGGAAAGAAGCAAGAGAAGAUGCUGCGUCGGCUGCACGAGUUGGCUGAGCAGAGGAAACAGGACAAACAGGACCGUACUCCUGGAAGUGGCCCCAUGUUCAAAACAACCACAGUUGCUGUUGACGGGGAGAAAGAAGGAGAUGGGGACGGCGUGCCACUCGAGAACCCCAUUCUUACAGAUUCCAUCCUUGAGAGUCCACCGUCAGAGAGAACUGGCCAAUCUUCCCCAAAGCCCAGCCCAACUAUUAAUUUUUCUCUGGGGAAGUCCACAUCCUCAUCCUCAUCCCCAACCCCUACCGGCGCAUCAAAAGUCAGCGUAUCAUUCUCUUUUGCAAAGAAAGCCCCAGUCAAGCUGGAGACGGCAGCGGCUGUGUUUGCUGAUCCUGGCGAGGAGGCUGUGGAGGAAGAGGAGAAUCAGGAAGGGGAAAAGGCUGGAGGACAAGAGGAGACAUCUGGCUGCAGCACAGAGAGUCCCAGAAGAGCACCUGAAGGAGAUGAAGGAGGGGAGAAAGGUGAUGCAGCUGGGGCAGAAGAUAUCCAGCAGCCUGACGAUGGCGGCUCCUUGACCUCGACUUUAAACAAACUUAAGAUGAUGAUGAAAAAGGAUGAAGGAUUUUCUGGACAAGAACCACAGUACUACCAUUACAUCCCGCCAGCUCAUUGUCGUGUAAAGCCCAACUUCCAGUUUUUGUUGUUCAUGAAGGCUUCUGAGCAGUGCCAGAGCAAAGAUGAUGAGGAUGAAGAGGAAGUGGAGGAAGUUCAAAAGGCUGAAGAAAGCUCUGAUCAGACAGAGUCCAAAGAAACUGAGUGUAAAACUGAACAAGAACAAGGUGAGGAUGUAUCAGAAACUGAGCCAGAACCACCUCCUUUAUCGCCUAAAGUGAAGACGGAGGACAAUAUCUCGUCUUGUGAGCAAGAGACAGUUUCAACUGCUCCUACUUCUCCUAGUCAGAAAGCAGAGAACACACACAGCACACUCGAUACAAACACUGGUCCAAAAGUCCCAACGGGUCCCUUCUUCCCUGUCCUGAGCAAAGAUGAAAGUACCACUUUGCAGUGGCCUACGGAGCUUCUUGAAUUUACAAAAGCUCAGCCUUCACUAUCCUACAGCUGUAAUCCUCUCUACUUUGACUUUAAGCUUUCAAGAAAUAAAGGACUGCGCGGUGGGAAAUCAGCAAAGUCCCUCAAGCCUGGCGAAGAGGCUGAUGACAAAGGACAAGUUGUAACUGCUUCAACAGCUGAAGCCGCUGAAGCCGAACCUGAAGCAUGCACUGAUAAAGAGACACCUGAGAUGAAGGAUGAUCCCAGCCAGCCAGGACCUGAUGAGCAAAAACCCACGACGGCUAGUAGUGGCACGAAAAAGAAAAAGAAGAAAAAGAAGCAUAAGAAAUCGGGAAAACAUUCAAAACGCAAAGGAAAAGAAAAAGAUGCAGCUGGGGAUGCAGAGGAGAAUACGGAGGCAAUGCAAGAAAAGCCUAAAAAGAAGAAGAAACACAAACGGAAAAAGAGCAAAAACAAAGCUCAAGAUCAAGUAGAGGGGGCAGGUGAUGACAAAGAAAAAGUUAAGCCAAAGUCAGAAGAUAAAGCUGCUGGUUCCUCUGUUCAGUCCACAACUGGAGGAACAACAGCAGCGGAGGCGGGUAAAAGGAAACGCGCUGCAAAGGAAGUGCCUUCUAAAGCUGGAGCAGAACACGGAGGAAGUGGAAAACACAACGACAAGAGCAACUCCUCAGAAGAUCACGGUAGCUCUAAAAGACAAAAAACGGACUCGAGCGGCUCGCAAAACGCGUCAUGUUCUACCUCUGCUCAGAAAAGUCCAGGUCAUGGUAGGCCACCCAGCAGCGAGAGCGAGGAGGAAGGCGGCUCCAACACCCAGCAUUCACGUCAUCACAGGUCCAGCCCGCGAGAGCAGCGGCGCCACCACAGCGAAGAGUCCAGACGGUCCCACAGCCGCUCAUCACGGCGGGGAGAACGACGCGGCAGCAGCCGGCGGCACCAUCGUGGCCAAGCCUCCCGCAGUCGCUCCUACUCCAGCAGUUCUGGGCGCUCCUCGGCGAGAAGUAGCGCCUACAGUCACCGCAGCCGCAGUUACUCUGACAGCUACAGCGACUACAGCACGGAAGGCCGCCGGCGGAGGCGCUCUAAACGUUCAUCUGACUCCGAGUAUGAGCGGCGGGGCAGUCGAGAUCGCAGGCGAUCCAGAAGGCAUCAGUACUCCUCUUCAUCCUCGGACGAUUCCCGCUCUCGUUCUCGCAGCUACAGCAGGAGGAAGCGGCACCGGCGGCACCACCGCAGCAGCUCCAGAAGCUCCAGCAGCUGGAGCCGCAGCACCAGCACAAGAUCCUGGAGGCGCAGCUAUAGCCGGAGCCGAAGCUCAGCGAGUCGCUCCUCCAGUUCCAACAAAGGCUCGCCUCAACGACGGAGCGCCAGGGGACGGGCGGACAGUGACACACAUCGCAGAGACUUCAACCGCUCUCGCAUCUACCGCUCGCAGUCUCCCCGCACGUCAUCGCGAAGCCUCAACCGUAGCACCCACACAUCCACCUCCCAGACUUUGAGGCCGGUCGGGUCUCGUGAUGCAGGGGAACACAAGAACAUGCUCACAGCCCGGCAGCUGCUUGAGAGGGUUCAGUCCAAGAAAAGUUCAGAGGAUUCUACCUCCGGAACAAAAUCUGGGAUUAAGAUUAAGGAUCCCCCACAGGGUUACUUUGGUCCUAAAUUACCGCCAGCCCUGGGAAGCAAAGCCAUGUUGCCCCUCUUUGGUAAGCUGCAAGCAGGGAAGAAACCGUUGAUUCCCCUAACGAGACCCGAUGAGGGAGAGAAAUCCGGAACGGGGAAGGGUUCUGAAGCAGAUGGAGAGGUUAUCCUAGUAGAACCUAUAAGGGAGUUCCCCCCUCCACCACCACCUCCAGCGCCACCAGUGCAGAAGGUCGAGGAGGUGCAGCAGAACACAGCGACACCGGAAGAGACACAGCAGCAGUCAGCUACAGAAGAGCAAGUACACCAAGAACCACAGCCACUUUUUGAACAAGAUCCUUCCAUGAUUAUGCCCCAGUAUCAAGCAGAGCCAGGGCAAGACCCCUCCCAGAACCCCAUGAUGGAGUCCAUCAUGCCUGAAAUGCAGCAACAGCAGCCAGUGCAUGGUUACCCCGCUUACCACCCGUCCAGUCUGGAGGAGGAUGGCAUCGAGGCAGAGGAGGAUGGCCUAGCACCAUUGGAGAGUCAGCCAAUCACGUUCACGCCAGAGGAGAUGGAGAAGUACAGCAAGCUGCAACAGGCGGCGCAGCAGCACAUUCAGCAGCAGCUUCUGGCCAAGCAGGUCAAAGCCUUCCCCUCGGCUGCAGCCGCUGCGGCCGCUGCUGCAGCAGCUGCUAACUUAGCCCCGGCGCCCCCUCCACCAGCCCUGCAGCAGAUCCACAUUCAGCAGCCAACCGUCUCCGUCGCCUCCGGCACAUCCAUCACCACUGUCCAACACGCCAUCCUGCAGCACCACGCAGCCACCGCUGCUGCAAUGGGCAUCCACCCCGCGCAUGCCCACCAUCCUCACCCUGCACAUGCCCAGCUGGCACAGGUGCAUCACAUUCCCCAGCACCACCUUACUCCCAUCUCCCUGUCGCCGUUGGGCCCCUCUCUUGGUCAUUCUUUGGGACACUCUCUGGGACAUGCGGGGCUAAUUCCUGCCCACCCAACAGCCUUCCUCUCCGGUCAGCCUAUUCAUAUUAUCCCUGCUUCUGCACUUCACCACACACCCUUGGCACUCCACCACGUCCCGCACACAGCCCUCUACCCAACACUAUUCGCACCUCGGCCGUCCCAGGCUGCUGCAGCGGCGGCUCUCCAGCUACACCCACUUCUGCACCCAAUAUUCUCAGGACAGGACCUUCAACACCCGCCUAACCACGGCUCUUGAGUGACGAUGGAUACAAAACGGGAUGUAAACACUCGGAAAACUGACAGGGCUGCGACGAUCUUGAUUUAGGGAUGGGGAUGAAGUCUUUGCAUCAGUGUAUAGGAAGUCAGACACGUUGUAAAGCCAGUUUUACACUCAGACUAAAGGGGUCAUUACAUGUUGCAGCCUGUGUUGGUUAAAAAAGGUGACACUAGCGUUUUUUUUAUAUUGGUGUGUUUGGAUUUUUUAUUUUCUUUUUCAGUCAUGUUUCCCGUCUUAAAGGCAGGUUUCUUAGAUGUAAUGAGACAUUCUGUUGAGAUUGUCUGCAUUCCCAACCUCACUAACCACUGGAGUUUUUUUUAGUUUUUCUCAUUUAUGCGGUCAUAAUCUUUGCCAAGUUUGGCAUACAAGGAGAUCCAUAAUGGUUGAGAUUAUAGAGGAUCAUGAUGAGACAGGACAUAGAUUUUGUUACAGAAACUAACAGCUUCACCUCCGUUUUUGUGAUAGACUUAAUGAUGUGACACUUUUCCCCAUAUAACUACCUGCUCUUUAUUGAAUUCUUGGUCUCAAAAUAAUUUGUAUUGCUGUAGUUUGUACAUAUUUCAGUGUGUAAUGUGAAGAAGCCAGCCAUUGAUGACUAUGAAAUAACUAUGGUGUCUAAACUGGUAUGACACAAAAGAAGUCCUCUAAAUUUGCAUAAAUGUGGCAGAGGUUUUAACAUACUCUGAGGCAAAGCUCCUGUUUUCCCAUUGGAGGGUACGUGUGAAUGAAUUGCACUGAAAUCUGUACAUUGGGGUGGUGCUUUGGCAUCAUGUAACAAUAAGAUUGUAGUAUACUGCAAUAAUUGUAUUUUUAUUUUUAAAUUAUUUUCCAAAUGCUCUUCAGAAGAAGAGCUUUGUUUGGCUUUUUUUCUGUAAUUUUGUAAAUAAAAAUGCUGUAGAUUAACCUAUUAACAUUCUGAAAAGGUUGACACUGCUGUUGCUAAAGCAGGCGAAAUUACAAGUUAGUUGCAACAUGGAUGCGCGUUUUAUCUAGGUUGGUUCUUAAAAUGUUCCCGCUGAGGAUGGCUGGGAUCCCAGACAAGUUAUCUGUCAAAAAAACAAGUUGUGACUCUUGUAUUUUUAAAAACAUAACUGUUUCAACAAAUAAAACUUUGAGUCCAUG